GUGAGUUAAAAAUAUUAAAAUAUUACGAAAGUGUGCGUCUCUAUUUAAAAAAACCCCAAACCCUAAUAAAUAAACUCCAGGAAUUCGACAGGAUAUAUCAGAAAGUCUCCAGGAAGAAGGACGUCAUGGAAGAGAUGGAUCUCGGGGAGUGGGAGUUGCUCCCGAGGAGCAACUUCAACGGUAUUGAUCAUGAUGAUGACGAUGAAGGUGGAAUGAUGAUCAGAAACACCACGAGGAACCCUAAUCCAAACCCUAAAAACCUCCUCCACACGGAUUACUUCAUCUGCCCAUCUCCCAGACAGACCGAACCCAAUCCCAGAUCCAAACUGCAUCUUCUCCAAGUACCAAUUUCAUGGGAACCCCUCUCCAGCACCGACGACACUGAUCUCGACAAGAAUCAGAAGAAACUUACCGACGAUGUCUCUGUCGUCCUCCCCGUGAGGAUUCUCCAGCGCCCUGAUCCGGCGUUUCUGGAACCGGAUCCGGGUCCGGGUCUACUCGCCGAUCCGGUUCCGUCUCCGCGAGUAUCCUUCAAGAGAAUGAAGGAAAACGAAUUCGUCGACAUGAAAAUUGACCCGGCAAGGGUCUCUAGUCCACUGCCUCAGAUCGAUAUCAAACCCUUGGAUUCCGAUGAUACGAUGAAGAUCGAGACGGAGGGGGAAGACAGUGACUUGCCGAGCAAGAAAGAUGAUUGGGCUGAAGAUCUGAUUCAAAGGAAUGAUGGUGAGAAGCUGAAUCUGUGGAAACUGGGUCUCACUGGGAUCGGGGCAAUCUGUUCGUUCGGUGUUGCGGCGGCAGCCGCAACAAUAUGCGUCAUCUUGUCCGGAAGCGACACCAAGAACUGUCGGAACAAGAACCAGAUGCUUAGGUUCCAGAUUUACAGCGAUGAUAAGAGGAUGAAGGAAGUGGUCCAACAAGCAACGAAGCUAAACGAAGCCAUCUCUGUGAUGAAAGGAGUCCCUGUCGUCAGAGCUCAGAUCUCCUUUGGUGGCUAUUUCCACAAUGAUCUUUGAAUCGCAGCCGUCCGUUAAAAAUAAGUGGACGGUUCGGAUCGAGUGUCUCCCACCAACUCCAUGCCAAUCAUAUAUGAUAGAUGUGCGUAUAUGUAUAUAUACACAAAUUCAGGACCGUAUAAAUAAAUUUUGUAAAUUAUCUAUUGUUGUAUCAAGACGGGGGCAUAUGUAUGUUGUUUGAUGGACGGAGAAACGUGAUUGUAUUGUAACGAUUGAACAAGAAAAAUAUACUGCUUGCUUGGUUUAAUCGAA